UUAAAGAGUUAAAGCAAUUAAGAAGGCAGUUUGCAGCAUCUUCAGAUAUUAACAAAGAACACUUUUGAUGGAGAUAUAUCAGUAGAAAUAUUUGUUCAGAGCAAUAUACGAGAAGAAGGAAAACCUUUGUGAACUGUGACAAGAGAAAGGAACAUUAUGGAAAAUGAAUUAUUUAGGAGUGAAGUUGAAUGUAAAAGAGAGUCUGAAGAAAUUGAUUUUUCUGAUGAGGAAAAGAAUGAAAAGGGCAAAACAUCAUUUGAUUGUGAUAUCUGUGGCAAGUCGUUCUCUCGGAAAGCUAAGUUAGUCAUUCACGAACGUACUCAUACAGGAGAAAAACCAUAUCACUGUGAAAUCUGUGACAAAUCUUUUUCUCAAAACGAUCACUUAACCAAGCACAAGCAUGUUCAUACAGGAGAAAAACCAUAUCAUUGUGAAAUCUGUGGUAAAUCUUUCUCUCGAAACGAUCACUUAACCAAGCACAAGCAUGUUCAUACAGACAGAGAACACAUUUCAUGAGGAAUAGAUUCAUUUCCCAAGUUACAGACAUUGUUUAUGAGUUUUAUUUUUCAAGCACAACAUCCAAAUUUUGAAAGUUUCUACUACCAUAACAAAUGCAUCUGUGUCUUACCAAGAAGUUUAUAAAGAGCAAAGGAAUGCUUCUCAGUAAACAACUCUAGACUUGUUUCUUUGCUUGUGAAUCAGUGGUCAUGUCUACAAAUGAUGGUGUCCCUGAGUCUUUUCAAAGCGAUUCAGAAAACAAUUAUAAUAAUAAUAUUUUAUCUAUUCUAAAUGAUCUUGACAUUGUUUUUGACUUUACAUAAAAUAUUCUUUACAUUC